CGAGCGAGAGAGGAUCCGGAAAGUGUUGCGUUCGGCGGGACGGAGGCGUGCGAGAUACGGAGGAGAGCGAGCUCCGGAGGAGCAGAGUCUCGCCCGCCUAUCACGGGGGAGGCCGUCAUAAAUGUGCACGUUCUACGUAGAUUGCGCGAUCUAUGCACGGUCGACGGGCCGAUCUGUCGGUGGCGAGUGCUGAUCGAGCCUGACGCUCCCGCGGCUCCGCCAGCGAGUCGACGUUAAAGAGUCAUCAUCGGUCGCGCGGCGCUGCGCCUGGUCGCCGCCGUCGCCGCCGACGUCGCCGACGUCGCCGUCGCCCCGAGAAGCAGCUAGCCCAGCGCGGCGUACCUAUCUAACGGCGUGCCCCUCGACGACGCAAAGCAGGUGAUCAUGGCGAAUCGGGGUACGGCCCAGAGGCCGAAUGGAUCGACACAAGGGAAAAUCUGUCAGUUUAAAUUAGUUUUACUCGGCGAAUCGGCAGUCGGGAAAUCGAGCCUUGUCCUGAGGUUCGUCAAAGGACAGUUCCACGAGUAUCAGGAGAGUACAAUUGGCGCUGCAUUUCUCACGCAAACCGUAUGUUUGGACGACACGACUGUAAAAUUUGAAAUCUGGGAUACGGCGGGGCAGGAACGUUAUCACAGUCUCGCACCGAUGUACUAUCGUGGCGCACAGGCAGCCAUUGUCGUGUACGACAUAACAAACCAGGAUACAUUCUCACGUGCCCAAACAUGGGUGAAGGAAUUGCAGCGCCAAGCCAGUCCGAGCAUAGUAAUAGCAUUAGCUGGAAACAAGGCAGAUUUGGCAAAUAAGAGAGUCGUCGAGUACGACGAGGCUCAAACGUAUGCGGAUGAAAAUGGCCUUCUUUUCAUGGAAACAUCUGCUAAGACGGCAAUGAAUGUCAACGACAUAUUCCUUGCAAUUGCUAAAAAGCUUCCUAAAAACGAACAAUCAGGAAGCGCAAGUACGAGUGGUCAAGGCCGUCGAUUAGUCGAGUCAGAUGGGCAAAAGGCAGCAACCGGCAAUUGCUGCAAGUGAUUAUCUAAAUCCGUAUGUGUCUCACAAUAUAUUCGUAUCUAUAUUUUUACAUUAUUUGAAUAAAUAUCUAUAUAUAUGUAUGAAUAUAUAUAUGAAUAUAUAUAUGAAUAUGUAUAUAUACAUAUACCAUCUUGAAAAUUAAUUGAAUUAAUAAGAGACAUUAUUCCACUAAUGAGAGAAACCAGCAAAUAUUUGAUAUGCCUAAUGAAUAUGUUACGAAUCAAACACACGUUCGGUGUUACAACAUGUUCACAUAUUUUUAUAAUAUUAGAAUAUAUAAUGAAACGAAAGUGCGGUCAAAGGAAGAGAACGGGGAAACGGGAAAUAUAUCAAUUUGAUAUUGCGUAGAAGUAGACAUUUGCACUUAAAAAUGCUUUAGCCGAUUUUUGUAUUAGUAUCAUAAUAUGGGGUAUCUGAGUAGUCAUGCAGUUUCAUAGAGUAUAUUAUAUUUCUUGUUAUGUUUAUGAUAUUUUUUAUAGCGUCUAAUUCUCUUCUCUCGACUUUUGCCUUCUUUUUAUUUACUCGAACAGUAGAUAAAUCAAGGCAGGCUGGAAAUAGACAAGAAGAUAAAGAGCUUACUUGUGAAAGUAAGAUCCGAUAUAUAUAUAUAUGACCAUCACAUAUAUAAUACGCAGGAUACAAAUGUAACUGUAAUAUUGCUGUAUAAUACUUAGCUAACAUUGACAGUCUCUUGUAAUUAAAAGGUGGCUUACACAAAUGUGAAGACAACUAUUCUAAAUUUCAUGAUGUUUCCAUGUUAAUAGUGUAUCUAUACUUAUUUCUCAGAGAACGUUCUUUUAGCAUUAUCGCAGUAUGUUUGUUCAAGCCGUUCAGUACACACAAACGUCAAUACAAACAUCUAAUAUAAUAAUUCCAUAUACUCUUAAAAUAAUUCUUUAACCAAAAAUCUUUUAUUCAUUUUAUUGAAUUGUCAUAUUAUAAAGGGUGUUAUACAGUGUCGCUGUUAAUCGAUCCUUUAAUAGUAAAUCUUUAAUAUUUUUUUAAAAAUAUAUUUCUACUAGAUUUAAAUGUAGCAUUUACAUUACUGUGACAGCUUUAUUAAAGUCAGAGUCCUCAUUAUUUGCGCAUGAAAAUUGUAAUCUAUGUGAUGCGUUUCAAAGUAUGAUACUUCAGUAUCCUCCUUUUAUCGUAUAUUUAUUUGUGAUUAAGUGCACUAUUCAAAAUUUCGUGAAAAGAGAAAUCGUCUAAUAUAAGACACUAGAUAUCCCUUAGGCAACGUUGUAGUGUUUACAUGACACUAUUUAUAGAUAUUAUAAAUUUGUAAAAGUUUUCUUUCUCGUUUGGAGAACUAAUUUCUGACUGAUAAAGGUGCUACAAGAAUACAUGUGCAUGAUAUCCAUUGUGCAAGCUUAUGGAGAUGUUUCUUGUAAUUUAUGAUAAUGCUCCCAUUUCCUGUGCAAUGAUUCGUAUCAUUGGAUUGUGUAUCUGAAAUAUUAUUUUGUAAUAAUAAUAGGUAAAACAAUUUAAAAUUGUUACGAAAAAAUGAAAAUUCUCAGGGUGCAAUCCUCCUCUUCAAUCUCUAAUAUUGUUGUAUCCUAAUUAUAUAUUUAUUUUUAUUUCCGCUAUAACAUACGACUGUCUAGAUAUGUUUCUGUUAAAAAAACCACAGGUAGGUUCAAUUAUUCCUGUAUAGAGAAGAUUUUAAUAUUCACCAGGCAAAUAAAGUGUUUUACAGUA